AUGUACUUCCAGCUGGUUGCGAUGCGAACAAAGCGCCGGAAGCUGCUGGUCUGCUGGGCAGCCUUGCAGGCGGGCAGCAGCAUAUUCACCUAUCUGUUGCUCUUGCUGGCACAACAACAGCAGGCAUUGGCCGGCAUUGUGCCGCCGCCGUGGAGUGACCCGGCAAAGAAUCCGUGCGCCAGCAUGGCCGGCGGCUGGCAGCUACUCUACUGGACGCCGCUUAAGAAAUGCUUUAAGAUCUUCACACUUGGCUACCCCUGUCCGGAUACCAUGGAGCUGAGUCCCACGCCAAUAAGCGCCAAAAGGAAAGAUGUGCCCGCGGCCGAGUGCCGCUGCCCGCCGGGCACGGCGCUCAGUGCUCUCACCGACGCUUGCCACAAGCUGUACGAGCGCGGGCCCUGCCAGCGGGGCGAGUACUUCCAGCCUCUACCAGAACAGGCCAAGAGGUAGGCAACUGCAGCCGACAACCGCUGGGGCAGCUGUAAGCGGCCGCUGCACUGCGACGAUGGAAUGCUCUUCUGGCCAAAGGACGGAAAGUGCUACCCAAAACACUCGAAGGGUCCUUGCAUUCGGGGCAAGCUGCUCGCACGCAACGAAGACGGCCUGGCCGAGUGCCGCUGUGAAGAUGUGGGCGAGCUGCGACCGUACUAUUACACACUGGAGGACUCCUGCUACGAGCACUAUACUAUAGGCCCUUGCUCAACACCGGGUCACAUAUUCUUACCCGGAGGCCGCUGCGACUGCCAGCGACAUCUGCCCCACUAUCACGCCCCAUACCAGAUGUGCUACGAGCUAGACACUCCUGGUCCCUGUCCACCUGGUCAUGUCUUCCGCAUACCCGACGAUAUUGAAGCGGAUCAGGGACCGGACACGCUGCUAACCCUGCCGCAUGCUAAGUGCUUGUGCAAGGAGGGCUAUGUGCCCUGGAGCGACGGUCAUUGCUAUCGCCUCUACACACGCGGACCUUGUGCAGUCAACGAGUUUGUGGUCAAUGAAACCUCCUGUAUACGAAACUUCUGCGGCAAGAACCGGCUCUACUUCCCCGCCGAGGACUCCUGCUACAGAAUUGGUUCACAGGGACCGUGCUCCCUGCACCAGGUGGUGGUAUUUGACUUCACGGCACGACCAUCCGUAGAUGGAAUCUCCUACAACGGCAUGUGUGGCUGUGCGGGCGUCAUCACAAACCUGGACCAGCAGUGCUCAGCCAGCAACGACCAGGAGAAGAGCAUUUGCGAGGCCACGCCUGGCAUGGUUGAGAUGAAUGGCCAGUGCCAUAAACUGUACUCGCGAGGACCCUGCGGUGCCGGCCAGUGGCUGGAGCCGCUAAAAACGCAAUCGACCAACGGCACCGCGCUCUUGAGCUAUGCCAGCAAGGCCAAGUGUGUCUGCCGGCCAGGCUAUACGCCGGCCGAGACAGCGCACGGCGGAACGCACAACUGCAGCGCACCCAGCGUGAGCCUGGCGAGGUGGUUCUUAGAUAUAUUUGGCUAA